CACAGUUGUCUCCCAGGAAGAGCAAGAUGAGGACUGUCGUCGUUCUGGCGUCUCUGGUGGCCCUGGCUUUGGCCGGGUCCGUUGAUCAACCUCCUUUCUUCAAGUACCAUCACCAUGUGAAGACUGAAACAAUUCAACCUGUAACUAAGGAAAGACAGUACAAAAUCUUGGAGCUCUUCGAAGCCGUCAGUCAAGUCAACAAGCAUGCAAGCUACUACAAAGUUGGCUCAGAGUACGACAUCAAGGCUCACGUCAAUCAGUACGAGAAUAAAGAAGUCGUUGACGCGUUCUUCAAGCUGUACGACACGGAAUACAUCCCUAAGUACAGCCACUUCUCGAUCUUCGAUGACAAGAUGAGACAAGAAGUCAUAGCUCUAUAUGACUUGUUCUACUACGCCAAGGACUUCGACACCUUCUACAAUACCGCUGCCUGGGCUCGCGUUCACGUCAAUGAAGGAUACUUCGCGUAUGCUUUCUACGUUGCCGUCCUUCAGCGUAUUGACACCAAAGACUUAGUUCUCCCUGCCUUCUACGAGAUCUGGCCUCAGUACUACGUCAACUUCAGUGCAUUCAGCAAGAUGUACUACAGCAAAAUGCGUGGACUGCCAUUCGACCACUUAGAUUUCGAACAAUACGGCAUUGCUGAGGUGGGCGAAUACUACUACUACUACACCAACUACUCCGACUAUCACACCUACGGUCACAAUGAGUACAAGAUUUCGUACCUAACUGAGGAUAUUGGCUGGAAUGCUUACUAUACCUAUUUCCACGCCUCUCUGCCUUUCUGGGAGCACGGAGACGAAGUAGCACUGGGCAUCUUCAAGGAAAGACGUGGUGAACUAUACUACUACUUCUACCAACAGCUCUUGGCUCGUUACUACAUGGAAAGACUUUCCAACGGUCUGGGUGAGAUCCCUACUUUCUCCUGGUACCAGCCAUUCAAGUACGGUUACUACCCGUUUAUGACCACCAACUUCUACCCCUUCGCUCAGAGGCCUAACAACUACUACAUGCAGACUGAGCAGAACCUUGACGACCUGCGCUUUGUCCGCAACUACGAAGACAUCUUCCUGUCCUACCUGGAGAAGGGUCAGUUCAAAGCUUACAACCAUGAGGUGGACUUCUACAACUCCAAAUCAAUCAACUUUGUCGGAAACUUCUGGCAAGCGAACCCUGACUUGUACGAAAAGGUUGGAAACAACCACUACCACCGCUCUUACGAAAUGGCUGCUCGCCGUAUCUUGGGUGCUGCUCCUUACAGUUACAACGCUUACGACGACUACUCCUUCAUUCCGACCGCGCUCGACUUCUACCAGACUUCUCUGCGUGACCCUGCCUUCUACCAGAUCUACAACAAGAUCGUAGGUUUCAUACUUCAAUACAAGCAGUACGUGCAGCCCUACUCUCAAGACAACCUUCACUACAUCGGUGUCAAGAUCAACCACGUUGAAAUCAGUGAGCUGCUCACCUUCUUCGACUUCCACCCCUUCAAUGCCACGAACAGCAUUAUUUACUCUGACAGUGAACUUGUUGCCCCAAAGAAAUCUUUCGUGGUUCUGCAGCCACGUCUGAACAGGCAACCAUUCACGGUUAAGAUCAACGUUAAGUCUGACGUUAACGAGCAGGCCACUUUUAAGAUCUUCGUUGGUCCCAAAUACGACAGCAAGGGCUACCCUAUCCAGUUCGAGGACAACUGGAUGAACUUCGUUCAACUGGACUGGUUCACCCACCAGCUUACCAAGGGAGAAAAUGUGAUUGAGCGCAGCUCCGAGGAAUUCUUCCACUUUAAGGACGACUCUCUGUCCAUCCACCAGAUCUAUGAGUUGUUGGCAGAGAACAAACUGCCUGUUGACAUGAUGGAGAGCUACGAUGACCUGCCUAAGAGGCUUAUGCUUCCUAGAGGUACUAAGAGUGGAUUCCCUCUGCAAUUCUUCGUAUAUGUGUACCCAAGUGUCCAAAUGCCUAAGGAAUUGGAGCCUAUGGAAUCGUUCAUGCUGGAUGACAAGCCCUUCGGAUACCCGCUUGACCGCCCUGUAUCCCACCACUUUAUCCAACCCAACAUGUACUUCAUAGAUGCUGUCGUCUACCACAAGGGAACAGAGUACCCGCAACACUUCGACGACAUCCACAUCACCGAAAGAGUGUUCCAGCACUAAAGAAGUCUGAAGUUAGGUACAUCUAUAUAAUGUAGACUGUUAUAUUUAAUAAAACAGGCAAUAAAGGUUUUGUAGAUAA